UACUAAAAAAUUUGUAUUUACUAAUCACAAGAUUAAUAAAUUGUGAUAAUUAUAUAUACUUGUUCAUAAAUAAUGUCCUAUUGUCAACAUUAUAGACUGGUAUUAGUAUACAGGGUAUCCACACCUAAGUGUGACAAUUUGGAAGAUUGGAACAUUUAUUUAAAUGUUUUAGUUAAAGGUAAGUAUGCAGACAACUUAAUUUUAAUUUCUCAAAAUAUGAAAUAUCGCGAUAUCACACUUGGACGUGGACACCUUGUAUGUACUGCCAAAGCAAGUACAAGAAAUCGUAAAACAUUCCACAAUAUGUAAUCACUUCAUUCUCCAUCUUUAAAAAUAUGAAUGCAGAUAAAUACGAAAAUAAAAAUAAUUAGAGUAAUCGUCAGCAAUGAGGUUAUAUCUUUAAUGCCGGUUUAUAUCAUAACAUUUAUGAACAAAAGUAAGAGUCAUUACCGAAAAACUAAUCGAGCGAGAACAUGUCAUUAUCUAGUUUCACUUUCUUUUGUAAGUCAAGUCAAAGUUCACUAGCUCCAAUCAUUUUCAAUAUUUCGAAAUAUAGCAUUCCGAAGUUUUUCUCGACCAGUUCGAUAAAAAUGAGUCGACCGAAGGUUUUAAUUACUCGUCCAGAUGUUCCAAUUGGAGGAAUAAAUUUACUUAAAGAACAAUGUGAUUUAAUUAUAGGAGAUAAACCUCAACCAAUUCCUAGGUCUGAAUUAUUAUCAAAAAUAAAAGGUGUAGAUGGAGUUUUCUGUGUGUUGACCGACAAAAUAGAUGAUGAAGUUCUAGAAGCAGCAGGAUCACAAUUAAAAGUUGUUGCUUCUAUGUCAGUGGGCUUUGACCAUUUGGAUUUGAAAUCUUUGAAACGGAGAAAUAUCAAAGUUGGUUAUACUCCUGGUAUUUUAACUGAAGCAACAGCUGAAUUAACUAUAGCAUUACUUUUAGCUACAUCUAGGAGAUUAAUAGAAGCAAAUAGAGCUAUUUACAAGGGUGAAUGGACAUCAUGGGGACCUAUUUUUAUGUGUGGCCCUUCAUUAUCUGGAUCUACAGUUGGGAUUGUAGGAUUUGGUCGUAUUGGUACUCAACUGGCAAAAUGUCUCAAAGGCUUUAAUGUUGCUAAAAUAUUGUUUACGAGUAGAACCCCUAAACCAGAAGCAUCCCAUCUUGGAGAACGAGUAACAUUUGAUGUACUUUUACAAAACAGUGACUUUGUAAUUGCUACAACAGCUUUAACACCAGACACAAGACAAAUGUUUAACAAAAGUGCAUUUGAAAAGAUGAAAAAAUCUGCCAUAUUUGUAAAUAUCAGUAGAGGCGAAGUUGUUGAUCAACCAGCAUUAAUAGAAGCUUUAAAAACUGGAAAAAUUAGAGCUGCAGGCUUAGAUGUUAUGACGCCAGAACCUAUCCCAUUAGACAGUGAAUUAUUAAAAUUAGAUAAUUGCGUGGUACUACCGCAUAUUGGUAGCGCUGCUACGGAGACACGAGAGGAAAUGUCAAAAAUUACUGCUAGAAAUAUACUUGCAGUUUUAAAUGGAGUUCCAAAUGAAAUGCCUUCUGAGCUUCAAAUAUAAAUACACAAUGUAUUAUAUAUUUAAGUUAAUUAAACUAUUAAGCGUAUAUCGGACAGUUAAUAAAAAUAAGCUUUGAAUACACUAUUCA